CAAUACUGAUAUCUUGAGCACCUUGAACAUGCACGACAUUUUCACAAAAUAAGAUAUAGUUUGUUUUUCUCUUUCAAAGUGGGAAGAAGAAAGAAUUGUUAUUUUCCAGUCAUGUACUUAUUUUUCAUCUUACAUAUCAAUGGACUCCCAGAGUCAGUUGAAAGUGAAUAUGACUUUGAUACGUGAAUAGUUGCUUCAUACAUAGUGAACUUUCACUGAAGUACUCUGUAAUGGAGCAGGUAAUGUUUGAAUGUGGCAAGUACAACUUGGUUCAUGAUUUUUUCAAGAAAGUGCUUAUGUCAUCUAUUCCAAAUGCUUUAACAUACAAAGUUAUAGUGAAUACUUUUUGGAGGGAAGGUAGAACAGAUGAGGCUAUAUUGGCCGUCCAAGACAUGGAAAGACGAGGAAUAGUUGGAACUGCUGGUCUCUAUUAUGACCUUGCUCGUUGUCUCUGUAGUGCUGGAAGAUGUGAAGAAGCACUAAUGCAACUUGACAAGAUUUGUAAGGUUGCAAAUAAACCUUUAGUGGUGACUUAUACUGGUCUAAUUCAAGCCUGUUUGGAUUCUGGAAACAUUCAUAAUGGGGCAUAUAUCUUCAGUUAUAUGAACAAGUUUUGCUCCCCAAAUUUGGUGACUUGUAAUAUACUGCUGAAAGGUUACCUUGAUCAUGGAAUGUUUGAAGAGGCAAAAGAAUUGUUCAUGGACUUAUUGGAAAAUGGUAGCCCUAUUUCCAAUAAAUUGGAUCAUAAGGACAAAGUUAUUCCAGAUAUCUACACCUUUAACUUGAUGUUAGAUGCCUGUGUCGUGGAGCUGAGGUGGGAUGAUCUUGAGUUUGUCUACAGAAAGAUGCUGCAACAUGGGUAUCACUUCAACGUGAAACGUCAUCUUCAGAUGAUAUUGGAUGCCUGCAGAGCUGGAAAGGGGGAGCUGUUGGAAACAACUUGGAAGCACUUGGUUGAGGCAGAUCGCGUACCACCUCCUCUUCUUCUUAAAGAAAUGUUUUUCAAGAAAUUGGAACAAACUGACUAUGUUGCUGCUAUCUCCUGUUUAAAUGCUCAUCCGUCACAUGUAUUUUCCUUGAAGUCAUGGUUAAAUUUCUUCAUGGAAGACCCUCAUCGUUUUCAGAGGGAGACUCUUGUCAGCUUGGUACACGAGGUUAGCGUCCUCAUUACCACNAGACCCUCAUCGUUUUCAGAGGGAGACUCUUGUCAGCUUGGUACACGAGGUUAG